GUGCGGGCUCCAACGUUUAGAAAUCUUUGCGCCUAACUACCAAGUACACUUCAAUGCGCUGGCCAGCCCCGUGGGUUGAUAUUCGAGAAGCGCGACAGCAUAGUGCCUCCUAUGGCUAUAGGAGUGGAGCACCGUGUGAGAGACGCUGCUUCUAGACUAGACCACGCGUUGCAUUUGCGUCCUAUUCAAAGCACUGCAAUGCCCUUCGAUACUCUAUCCCAUACAUCUGGAAUCGGCUUGCCCGUGACCGAGACCGCGUCUAUCCACAACUCUACGGACCACUCAGACCUCGACACAACCAUUCCAGGCCAAGGGAUUGUGCCCUCACUUCAUCAGCAAUCAAACAAGAAGAGACGACCGUCCAAAGGCAAGGUCGCGCCUGAAAUACGGCGCUCUUCUUCAACACCACACAUGCGCAACCUGGCCCUCGCAACUUCGGGCGAGCUGUCGCCUACAGCGGAUAAACGACGGAACAAGUUGGGAUACCAUCGAACCUCUGUCGCAUGUGGACACUGUCGACGCAGGAAGAUUCGAUGUCUUGUUGCCAACGACGACCCUCAAGGCCGCUGCGCAAACUGCAUCCGCCUAAAGAAAGAAUGCAACUUCUAUCCUGUCGAGCAAACGCCCGAGAUUCAGCGCUCUCAGACAAGCUCGGCAAAGGAGCCUAGCGCUGGCGCACCAACAUCCUCGACAACAUCUUCGCCCCGUCACCCUUCUUCAGCCUCUGGUGAGAAGAUUGAAGAAUUUCGUCCUCCAUUCGCUACGGUGACGACCAAGACUCCGACGCCAAGAUACGGCUUGCAGCCUGACGUAGAUGUUGCCCCGUCUCAAGUGCCUCAUUCGAGUGCAAUACCUAUGCCACAUCCCCCGUACACAUAUCCCCAGCAAAUAGAAACACAGUGGAGCACGCCUGGGUUCUUGCCUUCAUCUUCCGUGACAGAAAGCUCCCCCUCAUCUUCUGGGUACUGGCGACCAUCACCUUCAGCAGCUAAUUCUACCUAUGGAAGCGAGACCAACAUGUCUGGUGGGCAGACCCCAGCGACCAUGAGCACUACUUCAAACAUGUCUUAUGGCGGCCAGCAUGAUAACCAUAGCUGGGCUCAGCCCAAUCUCCAGCCGCCGACAAGAUCUAUGUCGUACGGAAACAUUGAAGGGAUUCCCAACCAGUAUCCUGGCUCAGGGCUCGGCAUUCAACAACAUGAUUAUCCGCGCCGGACUUCUCCCUAUCCUUACCCAACUACUAUAGACACAAAUACAGCAAUUAUGCACACCACAACGCUUGGAGAUAGCAGUUCGGCUCCUCUCUCGGCUCCGAUUCUACCAAACCAUCAGUACAGCUACCCACAGACUUGGACCCCGUAUGGAGGACUACAGAAUCCAACACCUGACAUGCCUUUGCCAAGUCGAUCGAUGAGCGCUCAGUGGUAUGGGGAACCAGGACAUUUGGACCAAGUUCAGGAGGAAGGCGGGCCAUCGAUGGCGUAUGGCCACCACAACAUGCAACAAUUUUACUCGGGGGCUUGAAAUAGCACCCUCAUGGAAUUCGUAUUCUUGCCCGAUCCAGGGAUUUGGUUUUGACUUAGCGCGUUUUCUUACCCGGAGUCUGAUAGACCGCUUUGGGAUAUUUCCUCCGUUUGUGGCAUUCGCAUGGGAUUCUAGGGCAAUGUCUGGGCUUUACGGCGCUUCUU